UGGAAAGUGCCGCCACGAAAGCACAGCCGACUGCUUGGCUUCUCCUGAGCGGAUGAAAACAAACAGCAGCAAUGGCGGCGGUGACGGCCACUGCGGAAGGCUGGGGGAGGCCGCUGUCGUAAGGCACCUCCGGGACCCCGCGACGUUUAGCGAAAAGAGACCGGUUGCGGAGCCGAGAGCUUGGGCUCCUCUUCUACAGGGACUGGCGUCGCUCGCUCAGGGUCUUCUCUGGAGCAGUUCCACAGCCGUUGACUCUAGUGGUGGGCUAUUCCUGGGCAUUUCCACUCCCUUCUGUGACAGGGCUAAGUGCCCAGAAGAGACGCCGCCGUCGGCAGGAAAGACCGCAUACUGGCUUUUAAGCCUGAGGCAAAAGUCGGAGCAGGGGACGCUGUUUUCCUAGUAGUAGAGGGGCUAGGAACUGAACCCAAACCCCUUCGCUCCUAGUUGCAUCCCGAGACCGAACUGCCUCGUCCCACGCGGGAAUUACACAACGUAGCAAGUCUGCUGCUUGAAGCUACACUAGAAACGUAGGCGAGAACUGGACAGGCCUCAAGACUGGGAUCCUUCAAUGUUAAGAUCUCCUGCUUGGGGCACAAAGAAGAGUCCUCCGUGAUCUAGAGAUCGAUGGGGGGAAAAACCCAGGAAGAACCUUCCCACCCUGUGAAUGAAGACCAGCAGUAAGGUUUUCUGAAAACCACAGAGUUUGGCCAUGCAAAGGGGCUAGGACAGCCUCUGAGCUCAUCCCCGGAAUGAGACACCAAACCUUCACCUCAGUCUUCCUCCUACAGAUUUCCAUAUGCAAUGGACACUGAUCUCAGUUCCCAGGAUAGGAAGGACUUGGACAAGUUCAUCAAAUUUUUUGCCUUGAAGACAGUGCAAGUGAUUGUUCAGGCCCGGCUUGGAGAAAAGAUAUGCACAAGAUCAUCAUCCUCACCAACUGGCUCUGACUGGUUCAACUUGGCAAUCAAAGAUAUACCAGAAGUAACUCAUGAAGCAAAAAAAGCCUUGGCAGGACAGCUGCCUGCUGUUGGGCGGUCAAUGUGUGUGGAAAUUUCCCUCAAAACCUCUGAGGGGGAUUCCAUGGAGCUUGAAAUCUGGUGUUUGGAAAUGAAUGAAAAGUGUGAUAAAGAAAUCAAAGUUUCCUACACGGUCUAUAACAGGCUGUCUCUAUUAUUGAAGUCUUUGCUUGCUAUAACAAGGGUGACUCCCGCCUACAGACUGUCAAGGAAACAAGGUCAUGAAUAUGUAAUAUUGUACAGGAUAUACUUUGGUGAAGUGCAGCUGAGUGGCUUGGGUGAAGGAUUCCAGACAGUCCGUGUGGGGACAGUGGGUACUCCACUGGGCACCAUCACUUUGUCCUGUGCCUAUAGAAUCAACCUAGCUUUCAUGUCCACCAGGCAGUUUGAGAGGACCCCACCUAUCAUGGGGAUUAUCAUUGAUCAUUUUGUGGACCGUCCCUACCCCAGCUCCUCACCCAUGCAUCCCUGCAAUUACAGAACAACUGGUGAGGAGAAUGUAGGGACAUACCCAGCAGUGGAAGACUCCCAAGAAGCAUGCACCACCUCUUUUUCUACUUCUCCACCAUCCCAGUGUGUGUUUACUAUCACUAAAGCACAUGUUCAGAGCUCUCCUCUUGUGGUGAUGGAUACCUUGAAGGGCCCUGUGAUGGGUCUGGCCUUUUCUCAUCAACUCUCGAGCUCUCGUCUUUCUUACCAGCCUGCAGCUCUGGGAGUUGGAUCAGCUGACCUGGGCUAUCCAGUAGUCUUUGCUGGCGGCUUGAGUGCUGCACAUCCUCACCAGUUGGUCAUUCCAGGGAAGGAGGGAGGAGUGCCCAUGAUUCCUAGUCAACCAGUGCAUGGUACUCAGGCUGAUCAUGAGAGAAUGGUGACGUGCACCCCUUUAGAUGGUGGCCACUACUCUGCAGUUACGCCUUCUAGUAGUGAGGACAACGAAACGGUAUCUAAUAGCAGUGAAGGAAAAAGUGGCUCUCCACAUGAUCUCUUGGAGACCAUCUUUGUCCGGAAGGUUGGGGCCUUUGUUAACAAACCCAUCAACCAGGUGACUAUGGCCAGUUUGGACAUUCCUUUUGCUAUGUUUGCUCCAAAGAAUGUUGACCUGGAUGAUAAUGACCCCAUGGUGAACCCUCCUGAAUCUCCAGAAGAUGAGUCUCCCCUCCAAGGCAGCCUACACUCAGUGGGCUCCAGUGACAGCAGCAGUGGCAACAUCAAUGAUGAUUUUGUUAUGAUAGAUUUUAAACCAGCAUUUUCUAAAGAUGACAUUCUCCCAAUGGACCUGGGGACCUUCUACCGUGAAUUUCAGAAUCCUCCUCCACUGAGAAGCCUCUCUAUUGACAUUGGAGCUCAAUCCAUGGCAGAAGAUCUUGACUCACUGCCAGAGAAAUUGGCUGUCCAUGAGAAAAACGUCAAGGAAUUUGAUGCCUUUGUCGAGACUUUACAGUAAAGCUGAACCCCUUCUACAGCAAUAUUGAAUUUUCACUUGGACACUGGAAAAGGAAGCCUGUAAAUUCAACCUUUCCCUUAGUGUCCUUGUUUUUGUCCCAUCACCUCAUUAAGUAGGCACUGAUUGCUUUGAUCUGUGAGAUACAGAAACAGUGGUGUGUGUCUCUUUGAACCUGGCCUUGGUGUGACUCACUUCUCUUCCAGUAUAGGGUUCAUUUCUAAUACAGUACAUUAGGAAACAAGAAGAAAAAGCACUUUCUCCUUCCCUUCUUUCAUUUGGAUGCAGUGCUGCUUCCUCCGUCAACAAGGUUAUAGGAUCUGGUUUCCUAAGGAUAUUCUUUUCAUUUGCAUCUGCACUACCACCAAGCCUAAAGGACACUGACUGAAUAUAAUGCCCUUGUGAGUAUUGGACAGAUUCUUCUAAUGUGAGUUCAACAUCAGCUUUGUGGAAUUGGCCUGUCUGCAGUGACUGCAGCCCAGGCAUGAAGGCAGGGGCCAGUGCUCACUUUUUGUGCAGUAAACAAGGCAAACACAAUUAUGGACAUCUUGGUGAUGGGCCUGCCUGAGGUGGAGCUGGGAAGUAAUCUACAGAAGUGGAAAGAAAUAUUUUUCAUGUAUUACCUUGCCAACAACAGAGUAUGUUGAAUUGUCACCCUCCCAAGGAGAAGAAUCAGUCUGUAGUUGUAAAUAUGUUAGGAAUCCUAAUUCUCUAGGGUUAUUUAAUUUGGAGUCUUUCAUCCAAAGUUCUUUCCUCUGUUCCCACCAGAUAUUGCUGCUCUAUCAUAAGAUAAACAAGAAAAAUAUUUAUUACUGUAAAGGAAACCUAUAUUUAAAGAAAAAUGUAUUUGAUGUUUUCUUUUUUGUUAAUUAGCCAUAAAGGCUGCUGUGUCCUUUUUCACUGCAAGAGUGCUAUCCCAACAAUCCUGGUCUGUCCUCCCACAACCUGCAGGAACAGAGAUGGUUAUGCUGGGUUAGUAAAGUCUCUUUGGAACUGACAUCAUUUCCCUUUUCUGCCCUGUUAAGAGUCCAUGGAUGUCACAAAAGAAAUGCACGCCAUGCAGUGAGCUUACAGGAAGCUUUAAAAAAGCUGAGUUUUGACAGGCAUUGUAAAAUACAUUUGCUGUUGUCUAUGGAUAGUUCGGAAGUAGCUUAUUGAAAGAAGCACAUUUUAAGAGGUCUGUGGUACUUGUUUGAUCAGCUGGGUUUUGGUUGGCUAAAAGUUUAUUUUUGUAUUGAGCUAGCUAUUAAGCAAUGUGGUGGGUUGGCAUCGCUGCAUGUUUGAUCUGCCUGCUCUGUUUCCUUCACUAGAUAUGGGGAAGGGAAGAGAUGAGCCUCUAAACACGAGCUCAGGGAUAAACUGGACUCUGGGCACAAUUUGCUCCUUUUCAUUAUCAAAAGCCAGGCUGAAGCAGAAGUCAUAUACAAUUUUUUAAAGGUGUAAGUCUUAUUAAAUAUCACAGCUUACUUCUGAGGAAAUAUGUUUAAAAUUGUACUUUAAAAUGCUGAAGAAAUACAUUUUAGCUCCACCCUACUUUUGCCUGCUAUCUUAGAUGCUAUUUCUUAUAAUUGCAGACCUUUUUAGAUUCCAAUGGCCUUUAUGGUUUGCAGGUAUGGUGAAAUGAUCAUUUCUUGACAUACACAGCUGUAUUUUUUAAGAUGAACUGGAGCAGCAUUUCUGAGAAUGACAGUUGUCUGACCAUGUAAUCUUUAGGCUUUCUUACCCCUGCUGCUGCAUAGAAAUGAGCUAAAGAUUAAAUUUCUUGCAUUCUAGCACAGUGUUUUGAAUGUUUAACUCAAAUUGUGAGAGCUUUUGUUCACGAAGACUUUAAAAUGGCAUUAUAAAUGGUAUUCAAAGCAGAUAGCAGAGAUACAAUAACAUGUCAUUGGUCCAUGAAAAGCAGUCAAAUCCAGUUUCUUUUGCCAAGAGUGAUACCAACGUCAGAAGUACCCUAAGCCUCUCAAUGAUUCUUCAAGAGAGAGUUGGCACAAACCUUAGUCAUGAUGUGUGCAUGAUAGGGGGCUUUAGCCUUCAACUCCUUCAUCCUUUUAAGUAAACUGGAAUGUAUGAGAUUAAAUACCUUGUGUUAUCCAUGAGGUAUCAAGCACAUCAUCAAACACCAGUUAAUGAUGAUUUUGAUAUGCCUUUGUCUAAUGAGGUUGGCUUUACAGUAAUAAAAGCAGCAGGGUAUACUGUUCAAAUAAAUUUCUUCAUGGAUUGUCUAGAAUAUUUUUGCACACCUUCCCACUGACGUUCCUUUGUCACAACAUUCCCUCCCUUUUUCCUUAUCUUUAUACUGAAAUGCAUAAUGUUUAAGCAAGGCUAACCACAGUUCUGUUCCCCCCCACCCCCCGAAAUUUAUUCUCUUUAGACCAAAGCCACAUAUUCUAUAUCUCAAAGCAGAAUCAUUGUGGAGAGACUGCUGUUGGUAUUCACUUCCAGUGACUACUGAAUGUGCACACCUGCUGAGUUUUCUUUACAAAUUCUGUACUAUUUUGUGCGGUUUUCUGAAUCUUAGUACUUUGUUCUACGAGUAACAUUACUCAUUAAUUAUCAACAUCUUUACUAAUUAAAAUCAGCCCUGUUCUAGGAGGCAUCCAGCUGUUGUAAAUUUUCAAAGACAGAUAUCACUGAUCACCUCCUAGGUGCUGUACUGCUAACUGAAUAAGAAUUUAUAAAUAACUGGCAACUUAAUAAAUACUUAGGCGGAAAGGA